GGCUGAUUUAGAACAGAAUUGUUAAGGUUAAUUUUAGCGGGGUCGAAAGCGCCCGAUACCGAAAGGACACAAUCUUAGGUCACAUGACAAGAAAAUGGCCGACAAAGUACCUGUUGUUGGAUUUCCACCAGCACAAACAAAUGCCAGUUUUGACAGACUGCAGAAUUUAGUGGAAGCUUUUAAGAAAAAGUUUGGUUGUGAACCCGAAUUCUUUGGCCGUGCUCCAGGAAGAGUUAAUUUGAUUGGUGAGCACAUUGAUUACUGUGGCUACUCUGUGUUGCCAAUGGCAAUAGAACAGGAUGUUGUUAUUGCCGUAGCACCCACAGAAUCUCAAGACAUUUUACUGUCCAAUGUUAAAUCGGAUGUGUACAGUGAUUUUGUAUUCAAUGCAAACAAUGUGGAUAUAAAUAAUGACACACCCCAGUGGCAGAACUACUUCCAGUGUGGGUUUCUGGGAUUGGUGGAACACCUCAAGAUUCAGUCGGCUGUGCGCGGGAUGAAGUGUAUGGUGGACGGGACUGUCCCGGGGAGUUCCGGCCUCUCUAGUUCCAGUGCUCUGGUGUGCUGUGCUGCUCUUGUUACCAUGCAUGCAAAUGGCAAAAGUCUGCCAAAGGAUGAGUUGGCGGAUAUGUGUGCAAGGUGUGAGCGGUACAUUGGAACACAGGGGGGUGGAAUGGACCAGGCCAUCUCUCUGAUGGCUAAAAAAGGAACAGCCAAACUGAUUGAGUUCAACCCGCUAAAGGCGACCGAUGUUUACCUGCCAGAUGGGAUUUCGUUUGUGAUUUCCAACAGCUGUGUUGAGAUGAACAAAGCAGCAACAUCAGAGUUCAACACACGAGUGUUGGAGUGUAGAAUCGCCACCCAGAUACUUGCCAAGAAGAAGGGCCUUGAGUGGGCAAGCUUCCAGCGCCUGGGGGAGGUACAGAAAGCCCUCAACCUCAGCCUGCCCCAGGCAGUGGAUCUGGUCAGUCACACCCUUCACAAGGAGCCGUACACGCGGGCUGAAGUCUGUCAGAUUCUGGAGAUGAAGGAGGAAGACUUUGUAAACAAAGUCCUUAGUGCUAAAACUGCACAGGUGCAGACUUUCAAGUUAUUUCAACGAGCCACCCAUGUUUUCUCGGAGGCAGGGAGAGUCUUAUCUUUCAAACGUAUCUGUGAUGAGGCCGAUUCUGAGGCUCCGCAAAAACUGGGGACACUGAUGAACGAGAGCCAUAGGAGCUGUAGGGACAUGUAUGAGUGCAGCUGCACCGAGCUAGACAACCUUGUCAACAUAUGUUUGGAGUCAGGAGCCCUGGGGUCACGCCUGACUGGUGCGGGGUGGGGAGGAUGUGCUGUUUCCAUGGUACCAACAAAAGAGGUGAUGAACUUUCUGGUCAAGGUCAAGAAGAACUUUUAUGAGAAGGAGCCCAGUCGAGCGGGGAAGGUCGGGACGGCCCUGUUUGCUACACAGCCUGGGAGUGGGGCUCUAAUUUACCUACCCACAACAGCCUCAGGGUGAGGACCUUGCAGGCCGGCGAAUAAUAUGGUGCCAUAGAGUGAUAGAUGGGUAUAUGUAUCUGGUAAAGAGAAACAAUGUGCAUCCAAUGUGAUACUAGUGCUUAAAAUGAUGCUGUAUAUCUACUGACUGUUUAAACUUAGUUUAUAAGUCUGGUAUCUGUCUUAUAAAAAUAUUUCUUCUUAUAAAAUUAUCAUAUUAAAUGUUUUAAACAUUCCAUUUAUUCAAAAUUGUAGAUCAUUAAUGCACUGUACAUAUAUAUCAAUAUCAUAUACAUCCACUAAAUAUCGUUACAUGUCAAUCUGUGUGUCUACUGAAUAAUUUACUCAGGGGCUGGACCUUCUCACCCUCACUGUGAUACUGUAAACACACUGUAAUACUGUAAACACACUGAUCUCUGAUAUUGUUUCAUUUUUCAUAAUUAUUGAUUUAAAAGAGAAUGGAAUAAUUAUUUCCAUGACAUGAAUAUUAGGAAAAAGAUAGAAGAAUUUUUAUACAGUAUUGCAAAUAUAAAAUAUCAUAUUGUGUUUUAAAAUACUUAGUAAACUAAUCUUCAAACCUAA